UGUGCAGAUAAGGGACCCAGCAAGGUUUUUAGUGUUCAUUCUUCAAGGGGUGUGUGGGCAUAAAUGAAAUUUCAGACAAAUCAGGAACACUUGCAUGGCAAUGGCAUAAAUGCUAUUUUCAGAGAAACGAAAGCUAAAUUCGACAAAAGCACACUGAAAGAUACUUGAUGGAAUGCAAGAAAAGGUAAAUAACAGCCACGCGCUCUGCCCAUCUCCUCGAAACACCCACGGAGUCACAAAACUUGAAUGUAAUCCAAAUUCCAAAUUCCAAACUCCCUUCCCUCCUCUUCUCUCUUAUCUCUGUAUUUCAAAGUUUUGUUUUAAAAUAAUAAUUCAAAAAAAAAAAGUAAGUGAUCUGAACUUGAACUGGGUUUUUGUUUAAUAUUUCCCAUUAUCGGAACAAAACAAAAGGAAUCUGAAAAGUCUGUUUCAAGUGAAGAAGAACAAAAAGAAGAUUACAAGGACUGCAAAAAAGGGUGUUAAUUGAAAAUAAAAAAAAAGGAAAGAAAAAAAUGGGAGAAACAGAGAACCAUCAACACCCACCGCCACCGCAAGUGGUUGUACCGCCGGCUGCACCACCGAAUCUUGCGCUUUCAAGGGGACCUACUUGGGCUCCUGCUGAGCAACUCCAUCAGCUUCAGUACUGCAUCCACUCCAACCCUUCUUGGCCUCAAGCGCUUUUGCUGGCUUUCCAACACUACAUCGUGAAUCUUGGAACUACAGUCUUAAUUGCAAAUACUUUCGUGCCUCGGAUGGGUGGGGAUCAUGGUGAUAAAGCCCGGGUUAUUCAAGGGUUGCUGUUUAUGUCAGGCAUUAAUACUCUGCUUCAAACGCUUAUUGGCUCACGGCUUCCCACAGUGAUGGGUGCAUCUUUUGCAUACACCUUACCAUUGUUGUCGAUUAUCAAUGAUUAUACUGAUGAGGCCUUCGCAUCUGAGCAUGAUAGGUUUGUCCGUGGUAUGAGAACGAUUCAAGGAUCACUAAUUGUUUCUUCCUUUGUCAACAUCAUCCUUGGGUAUGGCAGGGCAUGGGGGGAGCUGACAAGAUUCUUUAGUCCCAUAGUCGUGGUGCCACUGGUUUGUCUCGUUGGUCUUGGUCUGUUUGCAAGAGGUUUCCCAUUGUUAGGUAACUGUGUGGAAAUUGGCCUGCCUAUGCUUAUUCUGCUGGUUAUUUCCCAACAGUACAUGAAGCGCAUCCAUUCAAGGGCCAAUCUUAUACUUGAGAGGUUUGCUUUGCUUUUUUGCAUCGGAAUUAUCUGGGCUUUUGCUGCAAUCCUUACUGUGUCUGGUGCUUACAACAAUGUUAAGACUGCGACUAAACAGAGUUGCCGCACAGAUCAAUCUUUCCUAAUAUCAUCUGCGCCUUGGAUUAAAAUUCCAUAUCCGUUUCAGUGGGGUACGCCUAUAUUCAGGGCUAGCCAUGUUUUUGGGAUGAUAGGUGCUGCUCUUGUUUCGUCUGCAGAGUCAACUGGAACAUUUUUUGCUGCAGCUCGGCUUUCUGGUGCCACAGCCCCUCCGGCACAUGUACUCAGCAGAAGUAUUGGCUUGCAGGGUGUUGGUAUGCUGCUUGAAGGGCUUUUCGGUUCUCUUGUUGGUACUACUGCAUCUGUUGAAAAUGUUGGCCUUCUGGGACUUACACAUAUAGGAAGCAGAAGGGUGGUGCAGAUUUCGACUGCUUUCAUGAUAUUUUUCUCUGUAUUUGGGAAAUUUGGCGCAUUUUUUGCUUCUAUUCCAUUGCCAAUAUUUGCCGCCAUAUACUGCAUUUUAUUGGGCAUUGUUGCUGCUUCUGGAAUCACAUUCAUACAGUUUACAAAUAAUAAUUCUAUGAGAAACAUCUAUGUUUUGGGUGUCUCUCUAUUCCUCGGGCUAUCGAUUCCUCAAUACUUUGUAGCAAACACAACUUAUGACGGUCAUGGACCAGUUAGAACAAAUGCUGGAUGGUUCAAUGAUAUCUUGAACACAAUCUUCUCAUCACCUGCAACUGUGGCGAUCAUUGUUGGGACUCUGCUCGAUAACACCCUAGAAGCAAAGCAUGUGGAUGAUAGAGGAGUUCCAUGGUGGAAACCAUUCCAGCACAGCAAGGGAGAUGUUAGAACUGAAGAGUUCUACAGCUAUCCCCUCAGACUAAAUGAAUAUAUGCCCACCAGGUUUUUCUAAACACAGUACAUUGUUUGUAUAUUAGCUACAAUACAGAGGCAUGUGUUAAAUCAUUUACAAAACUGUAACUUUUGGUCAAUUAGCGAAAUUUUAAUUCUCUACCGCCGUAGUCUUGUAGCUUUUCAUGGUAGUUAAGUAGUGAAGUGGAUGAAAUUUUAUUUCUGAUUGAUAUUCAAAUGGGUGAGAAAAUAAGAGUGAACUAGUUAAAAAUAUAUUAAUCCUACACACUUGUCAUCUCUUUCUCUGAAU